CGCACAAAGAGACGCGGCCGCCAGCCAAUAGAAAUGUAGUUGAAGAUGACGGUGAAAACAUGGCGCUCUGCAUGGCUCGAGUUUCCAGGAGACAGUCUGCUCAGAUCGCACAAAGGCUGCUGGUGGCAGCAUGGCGGCAGGGUGGUUGGCGAGCCAACCAUUCCCCUGGCAAGUCUCUGAAAUAUAUACCACGACGAGCUGUUCUCUACGUCCCAGGCAACGACGAGCGCAAACUCAGGAAGCUCACCUCGCUGAACGUGGACUGUGCUGUUCUAGACUGCGAAGAUGGCGUCGCCCUUAACAAGAAGGCAGAGGCGCGGGAAACAAUCCCAAAGAUGCUGGCUGAACUGAAUCUGGGGCGCACUGAGAAAUGCGUGCGUGUGAAUUCUGUGUCUAGUGGUCUGGCUGACGCUGAUCUGGAGGUCAUUCUACAAGGAGAGGUCCUGCCCCCGGCACUUAUGCUGCCAAAGGUGGAGGACACCGAUGAAGUUCAAUGGUUUGUUGACAGAUUUCAGCACUGCUUAAAAGACCGGAUGCUGAUGGAACCCAUUCGCUUAGUAACCUUUGUGGAGACUGCGGUUGGGUUGCUGAAUUUUAAGGCUGUGUGUGAGGCGGCUCGUCAGCUCGGACCAAAAGUUGGCCUGCAUCAUGACGGAGUAGUCUUCGGCUCUGAUGAUUUCUGUGCCAGUAUAGGCGCAACAAGGACUAAGGAUGCCCGAGAGCUUCUGUAUGCUCGUCAGAAAGUGGUGGUCACCACCAAAGCCUUUGGCCUGCAGGCUAUUGACCUUGUGUACAUUGACUAUCAGGAUGAGGAAGGGCUGCGACAGCAGGCCAGAGAGGGUGCGCUCAUGGGCUUUACUGGAAAGCAAGUCAUCCACCCAAACCAAAUCAAGACUGUUCAAGAGGAAUUCUCACCUAGUCCAGAUAGAGUUAAUUGGGCCACAGAGUUAAUUGCUGCAUUUGAGGAGCACCAGAAAGCAGGAAAGGGUGCGUUCACCUUCCGUGGCAGCAUGAUUGACAUGCCGUCGUUAAAGCAGGCCCAGAACAUCGUCACCUUGGCCAGAGCUGUCAUGGGCAAGUGAGCCAAACCGGGCAGCCAUAUCUGUCACUGCGCGGGACAUCGGACAAAAAACUGUUAACCUCAGACAGAUGCGUGCCCUCUCAGACCAUUAACUGUGGCUCAUCUAUGGCUCUAUAAGGCUGCACUAGAUGGCCUGAUGGGAGUGUCUUCAAUGUCAAAGAAGUGAUUAGAUUAUAGGAACUGAGUUUCCUUAAUUUCAUUUUUGUGAUAUGUAUAUAUAACGCACACUCAUUUUUCAAUUUAUUAGCUAAAUCUACCUUGUAUUCAUGCUAAAGGUCCAUUUUUUUCAUAAAUCUAAAUACAUACAUGUUCAAUUAUUCACUGUGGCCCCUCCAUCCAAUCCAUUAGUGAAAAUGUAUAACCUCUGGAUGACCACAAACUGCAUAUUAUGUGGGUGGUAAGCUGUUCUCAGCACAGAAGUAGCACUGGCACAGUAGGGCGAAAAUAUAUGAAUCAUUUUCCGUAGUGUUGCUCAAAUAUUAAAUGAAUUUUGUCAA